GGGGGCGCUGCUCAAUAACCGAGUUACAGUUGAGGCGCUCAGAAGUAGAGCCGCUCCACUUUGAUUGGAGGAAGUAAUACAUCAACAAAGAAAGAUGGCCGAAGUGAUAGAACUGCAGAAACUGAAGCUUGCCGAACUGCGGCAGGAGUGUGAGGCCCGAGGCCUGGACACCAAGGGAAACAAAGGAGAACUCAUUUCCCGACUGCAAGCCUAUCUGGAAGAGCAUGAAGAUGACGUGGAUGUAGAUGACGUGCUGGCAGAGGAUACUGAGGACUUCACUAAAGUUGAGACUGCCAACAGUGCAAAAGAUGACAAGGAGUCUGUGUCUCUUGACCCUGAGACACCUGAUGAUAAGAAGGUGGUGAAAAUAACUCCUCCAUCAUCCUCCAGUGAAAGAUUACAGAAGAGAGCAGAACGAUUCAACAUGCCUGCAUCAGCUGAAAGCAAAAAGGCCAUACGUGCGGCAAGGUUUGGCUUACCGGCGGAGACUUCCAGCCCUUCUCCAGGUGUUGCUGCGAACAGUAAAGCCCCUGUGAACGUCGAUCAGCUGAAGAAGAGAGCAGAAAGAUUCGGCAUGAACGUUUCAUCCGUUUCACAAAAGAUUGAAGAGGAUGAAAAGCUGAAAAAGAGGAAGGAGAGAUUUGGGGCCUUAACAAGUGCAGGUCCAGCUGGUUCAGCCACUUCAGCCGAUAUCGAGGCAAAGAAGAUGAAGCGUGCUGAAAGAUUUGGAAUUGUGUGAAUGAUGUUCAAGAGCUUGUCUUUUCUUUUUUUUGUAAAGUGUUUUCAUGACUGCACAACAGAGGUUCCCCAAGCUAACAAAUUUUGUGCAUAGGAUUCCUUUAAAUCAAAAGUAUAAUUAAAUACGAAGAUAUGUUUGACAAAAAAAAGUUUCGGAAAACAAACAAAUAGAAAAUUCCCUUGAUUAUUUACUGAGUCUCAAAUCUGUGGUUAAUUAGAAAUAAUCCUAAUCCAUUUAAAUGCUGUAAGUCACUUAUCUGUGUGUACUGUAUGUGUUUAAUUGUACUUUUGAUUUAUCAGACAGCCUGUAAUUUUCCUUUUGGUAUUUCAGUGGUUCACUACUUCAGUUAUCUGUCCAUUUUAUAACAUUUUGUGAUUUAAAAUAAAUUGUUUUCAAUUUUUUGAUA